UGGUUCCUGCGUGCGUCCGCUGGUCUGCUUGCUUCUUUGCUCUUCUCCGCCGCUUCCUCUGCUCCAGUCUUGCCGUCCGGUGCUGCUCCUCCCGCGUCCUCAGUCACUGCAGUGGUGUUCCAAAAUUCUCGCCUUCUGAUUUCUUGGAUCUGGUCAUGGAUUCGCGAGAUUUGUCUGCUUCCCAGUCCACUGCCGCCGAGAAUCGAGAUACUGCUACUGCCAUUGUUGCGUCUGCGUCAUCGUCCAUCACCCCCACCGCUGCUGACGACGAUGUCGUUCUAUCUGUUACUGCUGCUCUUGCCAAGGAUGCCGCCUCGCAUUUCCAUUCUCGUCGUUACACGGAGUGCCUUGCUGUUUUACAUCAGCUCAAGUUAAAGAAAGAAGACGAUCCCAAAGUAAUUACAUAUGCAUCCAACUAUAUUGAUAUGGUUGCAUUCCUAUUCUUUAUUUUUGGAUUUAGUCGAGUAAUGGAUGCCGCUUAAAUGUUUUAUUUAUCCUUUUAAGUGGAAAUGAUAGUUUAAGAUUUGUGUUGGUACUUCAGUUGAUUUUUGUUUGGUCAGAAUUAGUUUCUUUAUGCGAAUGUGUUG